AUGAGCUCAGAUGCUCCUGUUGACCAAGCCCAACUAUCAGCAACAGAAAAGCACGAGGAAGAAAUUCAGGUUGCCCAGCCGGAGACGUUCAAGCACUCAUGGCGAGUGUGGUGUGUCUUCCUUGUUCUAUGUCUGCUAUCCUUCAUUUCUGCCAUCGAUGCCACCAUCGUCACCACUUCCCUACCAACCAUCACGCGCGACAUUGGCGGUAGUAAAGAGUACGUUUGGAUCGUCAAUUCAUUUCUCUUUACGUCGACGGUGCCGCAGCCACUCUUUGGACAAAUCUCCGACAUAUUUGGCCGGAAGAAUCCCAUGAUCUUUGCCAUCGCUCUAUUUGCCAUAGGCAGUGGGCUCGCCGGUGGUGCCCAGAGUCCUGGGAUGCUUAUCGCUGCUCGAACCAUCCAGGGUCUCGGCUCAGGAGGGCUUUAUGUGCUCUCCGACAUCAUUGUUUGCGACAUGGUCCCUCCCAGGCAUCGCGGCCCUUACCUGAGUGCCAUCCUUUCCACUGCAGCCAUUGGAACGACUAUUGGGCCUAUCAUUGGUGGUGCGCUGGCAUUGAAGAAUUGGAGAUGGAUAUUUUGGUUGAACCUCCCAGCAUCGGGACUUGGUUUUCUCGCCAUUGUCCUCAUUCUCAACGUCAAAUAUAAGCGCAGCCCAACCUGGCGCCAUGCUCUCGCUCGAGUUGACUUCCUCGGCAACGCCAUCUUCGUCCCGUCCAUGGUAAGCAUAUUCUUUGGGCUGAUUAUGGGCGGCACGCGUGGCUAUCCGUGGAAAUCUUGGAGGAUAAUCUUGCCACUUGUCCUUGGAGUCCUUGGCUGGAUCACAUUCCAUAUACAUCAAGCCUCGUCAAUUUGUCGAGAACCAAGCAUGCCGCCUCGGCUAUUCAAGCACCGAACAUCGUCUGGGGGGUUCAUCAUCAUCUUUCUAGGAGCAGUUAUCCUCCAAGCCGUCAACUAUUUCUUACCCGUCUAUUUCCAGGGAGUGAAGGGAGUAACGCCUUUGAUGUCAGGUGUUUAUUUCUUGGCUUUUGCUCUCGCCAUCAUGCCGUUUGGUGGAAUGGCCGGAGUCUUCAUGUCCAAGACUGGUCUAUAUAUACCUCUGCAUUGGUUAGGAUUCGCACUCAGUGCCAUCGGCAUUGGCUUGUUCUCGACAUUGGAUGAAAAUUCCUCUCGAGCGGCGUGUAUUGGCUAUCAAGUAAUUGCUUCGGGUGGUACUGGCAUCAUCUUCACAGCCACAUUGCCUUCUACACUGGCGGCGCUUCCCGAGUCAGAUGUGGCCGUUGCGACCGGUACCUAUUCCUUUGUGCGGUCAUUUGGGCUUGUUUGGGGUGCUACCAUGGCUUCUAUCGCUUUCAAUGGAGAAAUCAACUCUCACAUCGAUUCUGUCAGCGACCAAACAAUACGCAAUUUGCUUAUAGAUGGUGGUGCAUACGCGUAUGCUGCGGUACAACAUGGUGGCAUAUCCGACUUACCAGAGCCUAGCCGAGAUCAGGUAAUUAAUAUUUAUGUAAGGGCUCUCAGGGUAGUCUGGUGGAUUGUCACAUCUAUUUCUGUAUUGGGAUUUUUAUGCACCUUUAUUGAGAAACAUGUUGAACUUCGCAAAAGCCAUUCCACAGAAUAUGGGCUCGCGGACAAGGAAUCUACCACGAAUAGUCUGGAAAAAGGCGGGGAGCAAGUGGUAUCAACUGUAUCUGAAAACACCUGA